AUGUCUUCCAACAGCAAUCAGAUGAACCCUCUACAGCACCCGCUGGAAGCCAUUGCUACUGGCAUCGCGGGAGCUACCUCUGGCGAGGCUCGUGCUCCCCGAAUCUCGCAUGUCAUGUCUACCAACGAGGGUCCUGCCGACAUUAUCGCCAAAGUGUCUGGUCACACCCAGGGUGGCAAGCGUGAGGACGACGGACCAUACUUCACAAAUAACGAAGGCAUCCCAUUGCCUGAUCCUGCACACAGCAAGAACGUUGGUGGCAUUCCUCUUGUCAGCGAUGUUCACCUUUUGCAGAAGCAGCAGCACUUCAACCGUUCCAAGAACCUCGAGAGAAUGGUACACCCUUGCGGUAGUGGUGCUUUUGGUCACUUUGAGGUGACCAAGGACGUUUCGGACUUGACCAAGGCCGACUUCUUGUCCACGGUUGGCGAGAAGACUCCGGUCUUCGUGCGUUUCUCCACCGUUACCCUUGGCCGUGAGUUCCCCGAUGAGGCCCGCAACCCUCGUGGUUUCGCCAUUAAGUUCUACACCAAGGAGGGCAACUACGACAUCGUCGGCUUGAACUUCCCCGUCUUCUUCUGCCGCGAUCCUAUCCAGGGCCCCGAUGUCAUCCGUUCCCAAGCACGCAACCCCCGCAACUUCCUCCUCGACUACGAUGCCACCUUCGAUCUUCUCGGCAAUACGCCUGAGUCAAUUCAUGCUGGUGUCAUGUUCUUCAGUGACCACGGCACACCUCAGGGUUGGACCAACAACCACGGUUAUGGUUGCCACACGUUCAAGUGGGUCAACAAGCAAGGCAAGUUCGUCUACAUCAAGUACCACUUCCUCGCCAAGCACGGUCAGAAGCAGUUCACCCAGCCCGAGGCCAUCCGUAUCUCGGGUGAGAAUCCUGAUUACUCCAAGCAAGAGCUUUGGGAGGCUAUGGAGCGUGGUGAAGAGAAGGAGUGGACCGCACACGUCCAAGUCAUGCAGCCCGAGGAUGCCGACCCUGCCAAGUUGGGCUUCGACCCCUUCGAUGUCACAAAGGUCUGGCCCCGUGACCAGUUCCCCAUGCAGGAGUAUGGCCGUCUCGUCCUCAACAAGAACCCCGAGAACUUCCACCGCGAUGUCGAGCAGGCCGCCUUCUCGCCCGGCUCCAUGGUGCCCGGUAUCGAGGACUCGCCCGACCCGCUGUUGCAGUUCCGCAUGUUUUUCUACCGCGAUGCUCAGUACCACCGUAUCGGCGUCAAUUUGCACCAGGUCCCAACCAACUGCCCCUUCAUGGCACGCUCAGUGUCCUCGGUCAACUUUGAUGGUGCCAUGCGUGUAGAUGCCAACCACGCUGGUAACAAGCAGUACAACCCCAACAGCUUUUCGCACAAGUUCCGUCCCGACGUGGCCGAGGCACCAUACCACGUCUCAGACAACGUUGUGAGCCGCAAGAGUCACUACUACCACGAGUGCAAGGUCAGCGAGUACGAUCAAGUCCGUGAGUUAUACAAGCGUGUCAUGAACGAUGACGCUCGUGCCAACCUCCACUCGAACACCGCCAAAAUGAUGAGCAAUGUCAACUACCCUGUCAUCCAGAAGAAGUUCCUCGCUCAGAUCUACAACGUCGCUCCCGAGUACGCUCGCGCUGUCUACGACAUGACCAACUACAAGCACGGCGAGAAGUUCGAGUUCUCCGAAGUCGAGAAGCUCAGCAAGGACGCUCACAUGUGGUACAAGGAGCCCAUGCUCAGACCCGACGAGGACAACAGACUUAUGGGACUCGCUCCCGUCAACCCCUUCUACCACUAA